CAGUUUGAGAGAAUAUUCGUCAUUAGUCGACCAGAUAGAACCGACCGCCGAGACGCGCUUACUAUCGCCGCAUCAAUUGAAGGAUUCGACUUCGAAUUUUUCGAUGGAGUAGAUGGGUCCAAAGUCCCAGACAAAGCAAUUCCUACGACGUCAGAUCACCCUCGUUUGAGAGACCCUGUUAUUGGCUGUUGGCGAGCGUAUAUGAAUGUCAUGCAAGAAAUUGUUAGAAACAAUAUUGCCACCGCAUUGAUCUUGGAGGAUGAUGCAGAUUGGGACACUCGAUUGAGGGACCAAUUAUACAACUUCUCUAUUGCAUCUCGGUCGCUUUUGUGUUUGAGUCACCAGCUAGACCGACAAAACUCAAAAUGCAGCGAUAGGUUCCACACCAGUGACUCAGAAGUCAAUUUUGAAGAUUUGACUUGGACAGAAUACCACGAGGGUUCUCCAUACGGCGAUGGAUGGGACCUUCUUUGGGUCGGCCACUCGGAGAUGAACUUCAUCCCGGAAACAAUGAACAAGCCAAAAGGCCGCAUUGUUCAAGUGGAUCACACAGUUCUAGAAAGACAUUACCUCAAAAGUGUGAUGGGCCCAUACAGGGAUAUUAUACAAAACUAUCCGCACCAUACAAGAGUAACGCAUCACGCGUAUAACGGCUUGGGUACCACUGCAUAUGCUGUGUCGCUGGCUGGUGCCCGUCGGGUUUUGUAUCAGGUUGGCCUCAAAGAUUUGACCUUACCCGUUGAUAACACGCUGAGGUCAUUUUGUGAUGGAACGGAAGGCCGGACCCCUCACGUUUGUGUUUGUCCACAGCCUGGUUUCUUUGAACAAUACAGACCCCCAGGUCCUGCGGAAUUAUGGAGUGACAUUCAAGAUUAUGGUAAUGAUUACACAGCAAAAGGCUUCUCUUAUAAUGUUAGGCGUAGCAUCCAACAUAAUCUAGAGGCGAUUCUAGAAAACACAGGACAGAUAGUAGAUCAAUGGCCAGAUACAGCUUGA